UCCCAGGCCGUGAUGUUGUCACGUGGUGGUUCUGUUAGCGUCUGUCAGGAAGAAUUGUUGGUUCUGUUCAAUCAAAGAACCGAACCGUUCAUUAGUUUCUCCUCAGGUAACAGAACCGGUACCGGGGCUUCGUGUGACUAAUGGCCGCGCUGUGAGAACCAACCGGGCCGAACGCCGAACUUCAGUCCCGCCCUCAGGUUCUCCUUACAUGGGUGAGUGACCCCCUCCCCCCCCCCCCCCACCCGUCAGCCAUGACUGCUGAGCCGGACGCCCUGGCUGUGGUCAACCAGCUGAGGGACCUGGCUGCCGACCCGAUGAACCGCCGGGCCAUCGUCCAGGACCAGGGCUGCCUGCCGGGCCUCAUCCUGUUCCUGGACCACCCCAGUCCUCAGGUGGUCUACUCAGCCCUGCUGGCCAUCCGGUACCUGGCAGAGUGCCGGGCCAACAGGGAGAAGCUGAAGGGGGAGCUGGGGAUGGUUCUGAGCCUGCAGAACGUGGUCCAGAAGACCACCACCCCCGGAGAGACCAAGCUGCUGGCCUCUGAGAUCUACGAGAUCCUGCAGGCGUCUGGUACCGAGGAACCGGACCCGACCGAGCCGCCCGUCAGCAGCCGGAGGAAGGCCCAGUUCUUCCUGGGGUCCAGCAACAAGCGGGCCAAGACCAUCAUCCUGCAGAUCCACGGGCUGGACGACCCGAGCCGCAGGAGUCUGUGUGAGGAGGCGCUGCUGAAGAUCCGAGGAGUCAUCAGCUUCACCUUCCAGAUGGCCCCCAAGAGAUGCGUGGUCCGGGUCCGAUCGGACCUGAAGGCCGAGGUUCUGGCCUCGGCCAUCGCCUCCACCCAGCUGAUGAAGGCCCAGCAGGUGCUGAGGACCGAGACCGGAGACGAGGUUCUGAUCCCGUUUGCGGAGGACGGUUCCGUGGAGGUGGAGCAGAACACGGACCUGCCCCAGUACCUGCCGGAAGACGAGAGUCCGUCUCAGGAACCAGACAAGGCUGUGAGCCGGGUCGGAUCGGGUCAGGACGGCGCCGGCUGGCUCAGAACUGCUGCCAAUUUCCUGUCCCGCUCUUUCUACUGGUGACCCGACAGAACCAGAACCAGCUGUUAAACAGGAGGGCUGGACUGAACAGAACCCUGACCCUCUGUAGAACUUUGCUGACAAACCGAGUCAGAACCAGAAUCUGGACUCUUUAUCGUCUUUAAUUUAUUCCUUUGUUUGAUGUGAUUUUAUGAUGUUUGAAUAAAAGACCUCAAAGUUC